AUGGCGGUGUUCGGUUUGGUCUCGGCAGUAGCCGGGUUUGUUAAGGUGCGAUAUCUCAUUGACAGAGCCAUCAUCGAUAAUAUAAUAUUCAGAGCUCAUUAUAGAAUCACUUCUGCGAUUCUUUUUGCCUGUUGCAUCAUCGUUACUGCCAAUAACUUGAUAGGAGAUCCUAUAAAUUGCAUAGCGGACAAUGCGGUGCCAACUCAUGUGAUAAAUACUUAUUGCUGGAUAACGUAUACUUUCACGUUGCCGACGAAUAACAUGAAACAAGUUGGCACGCAAGUAGCUCAUCCUGGUCUAGGUGGAGAUUACAACGAGGAAAAACGAUAUCACUCGUAUUAUCAAUGGGUACCCUUCAUGCUCUUCUUCCAAGGUAUUCUCUUUUAUGUGCCGCACUGGAUGUGGAAGCAGUGGGAGGAAGGCAAGGUCAGAAUGAUAUCCGACGGUAUGAGGGGUGCCAUAGUCGAUAGCAAGCAGGAACGCGAGGCCAGAACAAACAAAUUGGUCGAAUACAUCCUAGAUACUUUGAAUUUGCACAACAGUUACGCCGCCGGUUAUUUCUUCUGCGAGGCACUUAAUUUUGUCAAUGUUGUUGGUAAUAUGUUCUUCAUCGACACCUUCCUAGGCGGAGCAUUUUUGACAUACGGUACGGAAGUCAUAACCUUUAGCAACAUGAACCAAGAACAACGUAGCGAUCCAAUGGUCGAGAGAUUUCCAAGAGUGACCAAAUGUACCUUCCAUAAAUUUGGUGCUUCCGGCACGAUACAGAAGCUCGACGCUUUAUGCGUGCUCGCUUUGAAUAUUCUCAACGAGAAGAUCUACAUCUUCCUGUGGUUCUGGUUCAUUAUACUGGCUGUGAUGUCAGGCCUAGCUGUUCUCUAUAGUAUGGCAAUCGUUCUUUUACCUAGCACACGCGAAACCAUUCUGAGGAAACGAUUCAAAUUCGGUUCGGCUUCAGAUGUCAGUACACUCAUCAGAAAAACUCAAGUCGGUGACUUCCUCUUGAUACAUCUGCUAGGUCAGAACAUAAAUACGAUGUUGUUUACCGAUGUUCUGAAGGAACUCUGUCGUCGAUUCCACAUUGGUUCAGGAAGUAGUGCAUCACCUACGUCCGUUCCAUCAGCACCGAGCACACUCGAGAUGUCACCAAUUUAUCCGGAGAUCGAGAAAUAUGCCAAGGACACGGAGAUCUAAGCUCUAGCUUCUAACGUUUACGUUUGCUAUACCCCAUAAGAAUUCCUCAACCUCCUUCCUUCCUUCCUUCCUUUCUUCCUUCCCUCCUCUAUUUCAAUUUCCUUAUUGUGAUAAUACCGUCGGUGCCUUUAAUGAGACAUCACGUUCAAAGUUUUCGUGCUACGAUAUGAUUUGUAUUUUAAUUUUGCUUAUAUAUAUAAUUUUUUUUGGGGGGGGGGGGAGGAAAGAAAAUUAAAAAAAAGAAAUUCUUUAAUUUUCUCAAUCAUCGAAGCACGAGGAGCUAAGAGUAGAUUUAUAUUAUUAAGAUUUGUAUUUUAAUCCCAAGCUCGAAUUAUUUAGAUUCUAAUUAGGAAAUUAAAUAUAUUCGUUCUAUCAAUUCAUUCCUUUUAAUAAUCAAAUCGAAAGAUAUGAUAUAUUUUCAGAUAUAUUUUCUUAUCGAGUAGACGACAAUAAACAGCGAGAACAAAAGAAGAAAUGUAAAAUUACUAAUGAAUGCUAAUUAAUCGAAGAAGCUAACAUUCGUUAUUUCUGUUCUUUCAUCCGGGAGGAUACAUUUCUGCAAGAAUUUAAUUAGCCAUUGGAAUCUAUGUAUAUGCGUGUGUAUGUACAUACACGUACACAUAUUGUAGCAGGUGAUAAGAAUUUUGUUGUUUGAUGUUUCGCAAGAUGAAAAAAAAGAAUGAGACUAAUCCUAAAGAUUUUUUUUUUUUUAUGUUUAAGCAACGAAG